AUCUGAGAUUAAUCUCUCUGAGACUUCCAUAGUUAAAGUACCACAUCGUUUACCACCACAAUUGGGUUCCACUGUUUGCAUUUCUUAUAUCGAAUUUUAUUCUUCGUCUUAACAUCGCAGUGAAUGGACAUUGUCUAUUUUCGCGCCAAUAGUUUGACAGUUUGACUUUUUAAAUAAUAACGGAAAAGGAUUGACGUAUAGAGUCAGUAACACGCAUAGAUUUAGUUACAUGUUUGUAAAUGGUGAAAAUGGUGAGAAUGUGGUGGCUGUUUAUAUUUUUAGCGAAAAUGGUAUUGGCUAAUAACAACCAGGUGUCCGCUGAAGAACCUCAAAAAGCAUCGCGAUUCCUUCCGUUAUUCGAAGUGAAACGUUUUGAUGGCAGGCCGGGUCCUCUUGCCCCGGGACCUGGAGGUCUUCCGCCGUUGACUUCAGCACCAGUUGUAGGAGAAAGAUGCUCAGCCAGGUUGGAGUCCGCUUUAAACCAAUUAAAACGCAAAAAGAGGAAUCACGCGAAAAGUAUUGACAUGCCUUUGAGUCAAAGCAUAGAUUUAAAUGGCUACAGUCUUUACCAAGAAAUGAGAAGCGUUCCUGUCGAUAUGUACGUAACUAGGAUGAGAGUUAGACUGCCACAGAACAGCGACUGGGUUCGCGUCGAGAAAUGUUACUUUGACCCUCGAAACAUUUCCUUGGAUACCAUGUUACUAUUCCACGAUAUCACCAUAAGUGGCAACGUAGACCUUUACGACGGUAAUGAAUUCGAUAGAACCGCAACCAAUCGAAGACAACGGUCUUACCCUGAUGAAGAGAAUUCAUACAGAUCUAAAGGAAACGGCUGUAAUAUGAUUUUAAGGCUCAGAAAAGCCGGUAUUGGUUUCCACACAACGCCACUAAACCAACAACCAGGAAAAUUCAACGUGAAAACCGACUCGGAGUUCGUCGAACCUGGAUUCAUAAGCGUAUAUGCGUACGGUUGUGAAAAAUAUAUUAAUAAAAAUUCUGUCAGGAAUAAAGAUAAUCUGCCUUUACGACGAAAAAGAAGAUCGGAUGAGUUUACCUUCGAUCCCCGUUUAGAUGAGAGAUAUUCUGAUAUUUUAGAACAAUCUUCCGACGUUUGGAAAACUUACGAACCACGCAGCAGAGUUAACUACGAGAGAAGUAAGUUGUUUAGACCGGAUGACGAUUUGGACGAAAUAGAAGACAUAUCUAGGGAAAUGGAAGAUAUAUUUACCAAGGGAAUACGGACUUUAUUAACGACUUAUAUGAAGAAGGAACUACAGCCAGCAAUAAAGGACACUUUGAUGAGAAAUAUGGGCUACGUUGUAUCAUAUGGUUGAUAUCUAUACAAAAUUGUAGAAAUAAAGUAUCCUAUGUAAAUGGUAUAGCACAAAUUGACUGAAAUA